CCCACUUAGUCAACGAUAAUAUUUACAAAUUUUCACUUAUCUCUCUUAUUGCAGCUAUAUUAAUUAAACUAAAUUAGUUUGCAUCCAAUCCACUUUGUAGAUACUAAAUAUUUAAAGAAAAAGAGAAAAAUAAAAGUGUCAUAUCAUCAACUAAAUAUAAAGCCUCUCAUAGUCUCAUAUUCUAGGCUAGCUUCCUAUAUCAUAUGAUCUUUGUCCUUUUUUCUCAGAAUUUUUUGCAACCAAACAUGAAAAUAAAAUAUAUUACUUCAAAUUUAUUUAUUUAAUUAUUUUCCAACCAAACAUGCAUUAAUACCAUAACAAAACCCUUACGCCAACCUAAUGUAUUAAAAAUAGGUAAAGCCAACAAGAGAUAAUAGAGCUGAGUAGACCUCUCAUAAAACAAUAAAUACAAAGCUCUUAGAAAAUACUAAAUACUCAUAUUACUAGAACUCUCCUCUACAUUGUCUUCUCACUUUAAAGAAAAAAAAAAACCCUCCACUUUUUCCGGCCAAAAGAAAAAAAAAAUCCUAUAAUUUCCAUGGAAUUUCUCAUGCCAUUUCGUCCAAAUUCAGUCCCUCUUACACCCAUCAACUUCUUAGAAAGAGCUGCCACUGCCUACUCCGAUUGCCCCGCCCUUGUCUACAACAACAACGAUGACAAUAAAAAUAACAAUGCGACGACCUACACUUGGGAUCAAACGCAUCAACGAUGUGUCCAAGCGGCGUCCUCUAUUAAGUCCCUUGGUAUUAAGCAAGGCGACGUGGUGUCCGUCCUUGCACCUAAUGUCCCUGCCAUGUACGAGCUUCAAUUCUCGGUUCCUAUGGCGGGGGCUGUGGUGAACAACAUCAACACUCGCCUUGACCCUCGUACACUCUCGGUUCUCCUACGUCAUAGUGAGUCUAAGCUUGUGUUUGUUGACCAUCAUCUUCACCCGAUUCUCGUUCGUGCACUCUCUCUUUUUCCUCCUGGUACUCCUCAUCCUAUCAUCGUCGUAAUCAAGGAUACCGACGAUGUGAAUAUCAAUGGAAGCAACUCGGUUGCUAGCUAUAAGCAAUUGGUGGAUGGUGGUAAUCCGGGUUUUGAGUGGAUCCGACCUAAGAGUGAGUGGGAUGCACUCGCUCUUAACUACACCUCAGGAACUACGAACAACCCUAAGGGGGUUGCUCUUAGUCAUAGAGGGUACUACAUUCUAGCAGUUGAUACACUGCUAGAAUGGUCGGUGCCGAAGCAACCGGUCUAUCUAUGGACCUUACCCAUGUUCCAUGCCAAUGGCUGGAGCUUAACAUGGGGGAUGGCCGCAGUGGGGGCAACGAAUAUCUGCCUAAGAAAAUUCGAUGCCCCCAUUGUUUAUGAGGCCAUUCAACACAAUCGGGUGACUCACAUGUGUGGUGCACCCGUGGUGUUGAACAUGCUAGCCAACUUACCAAAUGCCAAACCCCUGACAAAACCAGUUCAUAUCCUCACAGCUGGAGCCCCACCUCCAGCAUCGGUCCUCUUUCGGACCGAGUCCUUAGGGUUUGUGGUUAGUCACGGUUAUGGACUAACCGAAACGGGUGGGUUGGUGGUUAACUCUGCAUGGAAAUCCAAGUGGGACCACCUACCUGCAAAAGAACGAGCUAGGCUUAAGGCUAGACAAGGGGUAGGAUCCCUAGGGAUGACCGAGGUUGACAUAUUGGACCCAAAAACGGGUCAACCCGUAAGAAGAGAUGGAUCCACCCUAGGAGAAGUUGUACUAAAAGGUGGAAGUGUCAUGCUAGGGUACCUUAAAGACCCGGAAGGAACGUCCAAGUCCAUGACCCGAACCGGGUGGUUUCGAACGGGGGACGUUGGAGUCAUACACCAUGAUGGGUACCUAGAGAUCAAAGAUAGGCUCAAGGAUAUAAUCAUAAGUGGGGGAGAAAAUAUAAGUAGUGUCGAGGUGGAGGCGGUGUUGUACACCCACCCGGCCGUGAACGAGGCCGCCGUGGUGGCUCGACCGGAUGAAUUUUGGGGUGAAACACCUUGUGCAUUCCUUAGCUUAAAAAUGAAGGGUGAAAAUGAGGUGACUAAGAAGGAAAUAAUAGAGUAUUGUAGGGAGAGGAUGGCACACUACAUGGUUCCGAAGACGGUGGUUUUCGAGGAGGAGCUGCCUAAGACAUCCACUGGAAAAGUUCAGAAGUUUCUAUUAAGGGAAAUGGCUAAAGCAAUGGGUCCAAUUAAGGUAGUUUCUUAUACUACUAAUGCUACUACUAAUAAUGUGAUUACUCAAAUGCAGUGAUGUAAUUAAGGAGUUUGAUGAAGUUUCCUUUUCUUUAAUUAUAUGUGUUUUGUUUAAUUUCUGUUUUUAGGAAGUUGUAUGAUUUAGUAAUGUUUAAUGAAUGUAACAACGUAUGUACAAUUACUAUUAUUAAGCUAUUAAAUUUGGUUGGUUUAUGUGAAGUUUGUUUAAUA